AUGUCUUCGAGGAGGCCGUGGGGCCGGGGCACAUCAGCAGCCGUCCAGCCUGGACGGUUGGCUUGGGCGGCUGGUGCGCCCGCGCGGCCACGGGGUGCGGGGUGGUUAUCGGGCGCCUCCCUCUCCACCGCCCUCUCCUUGUCGCCCGGGCCAGGGCGUGGAAGGCGAUGGGGGAGUGGCGAGUGGCCGACGGUUGACGAGUGGAGCGGCAUGCGGGCGUGUGCCAUGGUUUUCGCAACUCGGCAGCAGCAGAACGAGGCCACCGCGGCCGCCGAACUGCCCAAAGGCGGGACCACCGAGUCGACUACCGCACCGCCCCGGAAGAAGAAGAAGAAGAAGAAGAAGCGGCAGCCCAAGAGGUCCUGA